CUGCGUCCUCCUCCUUUCGCCCUCCCCUCUGCGUGCUCCCAGCUCGCAGCACUCUCUCGCCCUGCCUUUUAAAGAAAGGGUACGGCAUGAGAGCUGUCAGUUUGACAGUGGACGGGACGUAGAGAGGAGGUGUUGUUGUCUCGUUCAAUUUUUUUUUCUAUUUACCCCCAAGGACCCAUACCGUCGUCGUCCCCCGUUCUUCUUUCUUUCUGUUUAAAAUUGCACGUCAGUUACCUCAUCUCGGUUAAAAUGUACAGGUAUCUGGGGGAGCUGCUCACCCGUGGAGCGAGCGGUGCGCUGGCCUCGGGAUGCGUCGACUCCGCUUUACCGGCUUCCGCGUCCUUGAUGCGGGUCCGCCGCUACAGCGAAGCCGUCGGAGAAAAAGAAGACGACCCCAACUUUUUCAAAAUGGUCGAGGGCUUCUUCGACCGUGGCGCGGCCAUUGUAGAAAACAAACUGGUGGAAGACCUCAAGACCAGAGAAUCGCCGGAGCAGAAGAGGCAUCGCGUCCGGGGAAUACUUAAGAUUAUCAAGCCUUGCAACCACGUAUUGAGCGUGUCUUUCCCUAUAAAGCGAGAUAACGGAGAAUGGGAAGUGGUCGAGGGUUACCGUGCCCAACACAGUCAACACAGAACGCCCUGCAAAGGAGGUAUUCGGUACAGUUUGGAUGUGUCUGUGGAUGAGGUGAAAGCCCUGGCCUCCCUGAUGACCUAUAAGUGCGCCGUAGUGGAUGUGCCGUUUGGUGGAGCCAAAGCUGGUGUGAAGAUCAACCCCAGGAAUUACUCGGACAAUGAGCUGGAAAAAAUUACCAGGAGAUUCACCAUCGAGCUGGCCAAGAAGGGCUUCAUUGGACCUGGCAUUGACGUCCCCGCCCCUGACAUGAGCACAGGGGAGAGAGAGAUGUCCUGGAUCGCUGACACCUACGCGAACACUAUCGCCCACAGUGACAUCAAUGCCCACGCCUGUGUAACCGGAAAGCCCAUCAGCCAGGGAGGCAUCCACGGGAGGAUCUCAGCCACCGGCCGCGGCGUGUUCCACGGCAUCGAAAACUUCAUCAAUGAGGCCUCCUAUAUGAGCCAGCUUGGACUCACCCCCGGCUUCCAGGACAAGACCUUCGUCAUUCAGGGUUUCGGGAAUGUGGGCCUGCACUCCAUGCGGUACCUGCACCGCUACGGUGCCAAGUGCGUGGGCGUCGGAGAGGUAGACGGGAACAUCUGGAACCCCAAUGGCAUCGACCCCAAGGAGCUGGAGGACUACAAGCUGCAACACGGCACCAUUGUGGGCUUUCCCAACGCCCAGCCCUACGAGGGCAACAUCUUGGAGGCUGAGUGUAACAUUCUGAUCCCUGCAGCCAGUGAGAAGCAGCUGACCAGGAAGAACGCCCACAACAUCAAAGCCAAGAUCAUCGCUGAAGGUGCUAACGGCCCCACCACCCCUGAUGCUGACAAGAUCUUCCUGGAGCGCAAUAUCAUGGUUAUCCCGGACAUGUACCUGAACGCCGGCGGUGUGACCGUCUCCUACUUCGAGUGGCUGAAGAACCUGAACCAUGUCAGCUACGGUCGACUGACCUUCAAGUACGAGAGGGACUCCAACUACCACCUCCUGAUGUCAGUACAGGAGAGUCUGGAGAGGAAGUUUGGCAAACAGGGAGGGCCCAUUCCAGUGGUCCCCACUGCUGACUUCCAGGCCAGAGUCGCUGGAGCUUCUGAGAAGGAUAUCGUGCACUCUGGUCUGGCCUACACCAUGGAGAGAUCUGCCAGGCAAAUCAUGCGCACAGCUCACAAAUACAACCUGGGGCUUGACCUGAGGACAGCGGCUUACGUCAACGCCAUCGAGAAGGUCUUCAAGGUGUACAACGAGGCCGGUCUGACCUUCACAUAGACGCGUUGCCCCCUGCUGACCGCCACAUCCUGGCACCCCCCCCCCCCCCCAAUACAGCCUUUACAACAUAUCCUGCGUUUACAUGCGAUGCCACGUGCCGUUUCUAAGUCGCCAUGCAACCCGAUGGCAUAGCGCCCCCUCCCCCCCCCUCCCCUGCCCUGUCCCCAUUUGUGUUCCAGCCAGAUCAAGGCAAGUGCCAUGACACCUCGUCCCUCGUCCCUAAGAUCAGCCCCCGAAGCCUGGCCUGUACGCAUAGUCGCACCCCCGCGCUGGCCGACAGCCACACUGUGACCCCGAGAUCCAUCUGCACCUGCUCACCAUGCCUUUCCAUCCUGUCCACCCCAUGGUGGGACUGCAGUGCUCUCUCAUGGACAUUUCCACCAAAUGUCCCCCCCCAACCCCCCUGAUAAUCAUGGCUUUGCUGGCCCUGCCAAAGUGCCCCUCUCCCCCUGAGUCAUCCAAAUGUUUUUAGCAAGUCGUUAGCGCACACCGGCUACUCUUAUGGUGUCUGUACUUUGUUGUUGUUGUGGUUGUUUUUAUUAUAAAUAUGAUAAUUACAUUUUUUUGUUAACAUCUGAGAUUUUGUGCCGCAAAAAAAAAAGACUUGUCUUGACAGCUGACAAAGAUGCAAAAGAAAACGGCACCCGUGGAAGACAGCGAGGAUUGCAGUGUCAUGGGAACACCACACCGCUUUAGCUUCCUCCAUUGUGAGAUCUUUUUAGCAUUUUUAGCGUACACUGUGUCACCCUGUGGGAUUUGAGCCAGGAAUAGCCGAGGGUUUUUUAAAAGACAGCACUGAAGAUGCCUUAGAUGUAGCAGUCAGGAGUUCAGGUUUUUAUUCGAAACCCUUAUGUUCACUUCUUUUUUUGGAAAGCCAUCCCAAAGUCACCUGAGAAAUUAAUUUAAGUUGCACUUGGUGCACCUGUUGCCCAUUGGCUCCAAACAUCCAAUAAUGUCCAGUCAUGUCUAUUACUGUGUGGUGUCUCUAAGCCAGCUCUGAGCGCCAAACUGGUUUAAUUCUGAAGCUAAGUGUCUGAACAGGUACUGAGACGGGUACUGAGGUGAGAGGAAUACACUUGGGAACAAGCAUCCAUUUUUCCUGUUUUUUUUUUUCUCUGGCCAUGUGAGCCUUGAGUUGGAAACUGCUUUGGGGAAAUUUGUAUUUUUUUUUUUGGUUGACAACAAUUAAAAG